AAGAACAAAUAACAAUUUCUUGCACACAUAACGUGUGUGGUCAACAGAGACUAGUACAUGUACUCUUAAAGAGAACUCAGGCUACUCAGACUUUGAUAGCAACUCAACAAUACAUAUAUUUUACAUCUAUCAAUUGAUGAUAAUCACACCAUUAAUGGAACCUCUGAAACCUCUCUUUCAGUCAGGAUGGUAGUUGGCUGGAAUUUACUCUAGUUUGCAAUUUCUUAUUGAUAAAUGUUUAAAUUAUUUACGGUGGUUACUCUCUCUCGUCUCUUCAUAUUCCCUUUUACUCCAUAAUUUCGUUUUAAUUAUUCCAAAAUUUAAACAAAAGUAAUUAAACCCUAACAUAUCAUUAGUUCCCUUUUUUCCUGAUUGCUCCUCUCUUUUGGAAACUUUCUUUGGUUUUGUAUUCACAAAGCAGACUCUGCAUCAAACGAUUCUCAGCUAUGGAUAAUGACGGUGUAUGCAAACGGUUUAUAUUGGUCGAUGAUGAGUACAAGCUCUUCUUCGAUCAUCGUCUUAGAGGAGACAACACUUUUCUCCCUCCCUUUGAUGAUGACAACGGAGAGUCUGAAACUCGUAAUCUUGGUUUCGAGUUUUCUAGUGGUGAUUCAAAGCUUGGUGGUGGUGGUGGUACUGAGAAGAAGAAACCACCAAUCAAGAGCAGAGUUUCUCAAAAGAGAAAGAGGGAAACUACAAUCCGAGAAAGCAUUCAACGAGACAACAGAGCUGCUGAACGAAGAAAGAGGAAGAUGGCUGAGUUAGAGUCUGCUAGGGUUUCAGGGAACCAAGUUAACGUCCAAGGAGACAACAACAAAGCUAGGAAAAUGUCAGAGUCAACAAAGGUUAAUAACACUUCAAGGGAUGUUCCGUUGGUUAGAGCCAUCAAACGAGACAACACAGCUAGGAAAGUGUCAGAAGAGUCAACAAAGGUUAACACUUUAAGGGAUGUUCCGUUGGUUAGAGCUCAAGAAACCAUCCAACGAGACAAAACAGCAAGCAAAGUGUCGGAGUCAACAAAGGUUAACACUUUAAGGAAUGUUGCUUUGGUAAGAGCUCAAGAAACCAUCCAACGAGACAACAACAUAGCUAAUAAGAUGUCAGAGUCAACAAAGGUUGACACUUUAAGGGAUGUUCCGUUGGUUAGAGCCAUCCAGCGAGACAACGAAGCUAAGAAAGUGUCAGAAGAGUCAACAAAGACUAACACUUUAAGGAAUGUUCCGUUGGUUAGAGCUCAAGAAACCAUCCAAGGAGACUACAAAGCUAGGAAAGUGUCAGAAGAGUCAACAAAGGUUAACACUUUAACGGAUGUUCCGUUGGUUAGAGCUCAAGACACCAUCCGACGAGACAACAUAGCUAAGAAGAUGUCAGAGUCAACAAAGGUUAACACUUUACGCAAUGUUAGAGCCAAAGAAGUCAUCCAACGAGACAACAAAGCUAGAAAAGUGUCAGAGUCAACAACAAAGGUUGACACUUUAAGGGAUGUUCCGCUUGUUAGAGCUCAAGAAACCACCACCCAAAGAGACAUCAAAGCUAAGAAGAUGUCAGAGUCAAAGGCAACAGGGACUUCAAGGGCUGUUACAGAACCUAAGGAUGUAGCCGAGACUGUUCCAGUGACCCAAAGCAACAAAGGAGUACCUGUAGGGUCAAGGAAGAAGAGUGUAGCGGAUAAAGAUUACAUGAGCUACCUCACAUGGCUUGUAGACUCUCUUAAAGACUCAACAACAGUGCCUGGUCCAACUCCCACAAUGGCCAGUGAAAAGGAUAUUGAGUCUUGUUCUGAUGAUGAUGAUGAUAUGAUUAUGGUCAGUGAUUCUCCCUUCUCGUGUGGAGGAAGUACACCUUUUGUGGUGUCCAAGAGCAAGACCGUGAUCGAUCUCGAGAAAGAUAUUACAGAAGAGGAUGAGAGUAGAAACUGUCUGUUUACGAAAGAGCUAAUGGAUCUUCUGGAGAAACCGUAUGAUAAAAGAGAGUUGUUGAGGCUCUCUGGUGAUGUGUCAGAGAAAAAAGGAGUGAGUAGAUAUAGAGAACUGAGAAAGGGAAGAGUACGCAACUACGAGACUCCUGACCUGGGACCUUCCUAUCUCGAGAAGGUGUUUGAUUUCGAUCAAGAAUACAGACGUGUGGAUGGUGAUGAUAAGGCGAGACUGAAGCUGCUGCGUGGAUUUUUCUUUUACUUGAAGAAUGUUACUCGUGCUGGUUCUUUCAAGCCUUGGUUACCAGAAAACCAGAAGAAGCUCGGAGGACUAAGAAAGCAAUGCUUGCAACCAUAAGAAGCAAGGGUAGUAAAAAAAUCUUGUGUUAAGUAAGCAGGUUGUUGUAGUUUUUUAUUUAAUGUAUUGUCUUGUUUCUUAUGUUGUUGGAUGACAAUCUGAUUCAGAGUAGUUUCUUGUCUCCCAAGAGUAUGAUAUUAUUGAUGCAACGUCUCAGAUCAGACUA